UUGCAAUCAUGGUCGUCGUUGCUCGAUAAUCAGAGCUCUGGUAUUGAGGCAGGGUCAUUCUGUCAACACAUCACGCGUCCUCGUAUUCGUAUCAGGCAUCUCGUAUUCGCAUUGUGACGUAUGACACAGCAGCGGUGACCAAGAUUGUAUACCACACGUUGAUAGGUUGAAAAGGACAUAGCCCCCCCCUCGGACUCGACCUGCAAACACAGUCACCUACAAAUUGCCUGAUCUGCUCGCUCGCUCUCAGUUGACGUCGCAAACCGACAUACCACAACAUCGACAUACCACAACACUCUCUGCUCACUUUGACUCCGUCCAACAUGUCAGCUUCAGGACUCGAGCCUAUUGACUUCUACGACAUAGCAUUCAAACAACCCCGGGAAGAGACAGCCAGCGCCCCAAACCCAUGGAAGACUAGACUGGCAUUGAACUUCAAGGGCCUUCCCUACAUCACCACUUGGGUACCGCUGCCAGAUGUGGAGAAAGUCCGUCGAAGGGCAGGACUGCCUGCUGCUAGACAAUACGGCGAUGGCAGUGAUUACUACACUCUGCCUUUCAUCACUGAUCCCAACACCGGCGAGGCAAUUGGAGACUCCUUCUACAUCGCCGAGUAUCUGCAAAAAACGUACCCGGACUCAAGCUCGGAUUUGUUUCCUGAGCAGAAACUCGACUACGUGUUUAUCCCGGAGCAAGCCUCUCCGGUGCCGCUGUCAGACAUCCGAGGAGGAGAACACGACAACUACGCGCAGUUCAACAUGAGCGUGGAUGGAGUUUUCUCAGCACAUGUUAUACUCAUGCUACAGGGCAUGCUUUUGGAGCCAGCUGGCGAGCAAGUAUUUGUCAAACGCGCGGGCGUGGAGUCCUUCGACGCAUUCGCGUGUGUCGGGGAGCAACGGGAACAGGUGCUGGUGUCUUUCGAGAAGAGUCUGGGAGAUCUGGCCAGAGUAUUCACGAGAGACCAGAGCGGACCUUUCGUGCUCGGCGCAACGGCUAAUUAUGCGGACUUGAUCGUUGGUGGUUGGCUACAAAUGGCAAGCAAGAAUCUACCGAGCACAGAGUGGGAGGCAUUGAAGAGUUGGCAUGGAGGAGUCUUUGGACGAUUGUACGAUGCGCUAGAUAGAUAUGCACAGACCGACAAGGGACGUGAGAUAUAGGUGGCCCGAUUGGGCUAUGGAAUGCAAAGAGUUACGGCGUACACUUGUCGACAGAGACCCAAGGCAGCCAAGGUGGAUGUGUUUGGUCAAGAACACAGUUGCUUGUACUGUGUCAUGAUGAUUGAUAGUUGAUUUGGGCGCCCGAUGAAGCAGCGCAGUGUCGAGAAGAUGACACGAAACAACAAGAUUCCAAUCAGGAAGUACGAAAAUCGCCUGCAAAAAUGGUGGUUUGGGACCCCAGACGUCUCAGCAACACCCACGUCACCCGACAGAAGCCGAA